AUGGAUAAAGAAGUGUGUAAAAGGUUCAAUAAUGUAUGGGAAUGGAUUUCCGAUGAAUUGAAUGAAGGAACAUAUAAAUUUAAUGAUAAUAAUUCUUUAAUUAAUAAAUUUUCAAAUAAUUAUUGUAAUGAUAUUGAAUUUUCAUAUGAUUUAUGUAAUAAUAUUUCUCAAAGUGAUUUGAAUAAAAUAAGUGCUGGAUGUUUAUAUUUGUUGGAUGAAUUUAUUAAGGAUGGUGGUAUGGUUCCCCCUCCUGCAAGAAAUAACAUCAAUAUUGUUGAUUACAUUUUUAUAUGGUUAAGUUAUAUGUUAAACCUAAAGGAAAGUGAAAACGACAAUAUAACAUGUUUUUAUAGUACAUACAUAUAUGAUUGUGAUAAGUAUAACACGGGAAUAAAUGGAUUUACUGAUUAUAAGGAUUAUAAGGAACUUAUAGAUAAAAAAAUUACUGUGUUGAAUCUGGAUAGUAAUGAUUUACCUAAAUUUUAUAAAGCAUUUAAAUUAUUAUGUGAAAUGUAUACUGAAUUUGAUGAAAACACGUCAAAUUGCACAAAAUGUUCGGAAAAGGCUAAAGAAUUUGUUAAAACAUAUGAAGAACUUAAUGAUCCUAAUAAUACUAUAUAUAGCGGCUAUUGUCAAGCAUGGUCUACAUUAUUAAAUGAUUAUAAUAAUUUAAAAAAUAAAUGUAAAGAUUAUAACCCCCUUCCAGAGAUAAAUACAACACAAACUGAUGCAAAAUGUUCUGAAAUAACUUCUGAAAAAACUCAUGUAACAGGAUCUGAAGAAUUGUAUGGAGAAAUUUCUGAGGUUACAUUAUCAGAAUCAUCACUAGUAAGUAAAUUAUUUAUAGUUUUAUCGAUAUUUGGUGCAAUAGCAAUUUUUUUAGGAAUUACUUAUAAGUAUUCAUUAUUUGGAUUUCGGAAACGAUUUAAAAAACAAAAAUUAAGAGAAAAACUAAAAAAUAUAAAGAAGAAAAUGAAUCAUUAA